GUCUGGCUGACUAUCUCGGGUGACACGAUAGAUACUCGCUUGACCGCCGCAUACACGAUGUCAAGACAUACCCAGUCCAGUCGUCUCAGGGAGCGACCAUCCUCAUCUACGGCCACGAGAAUGGCAUCACAGUUGUUUGGCGCGGCGGCAGAAGACUGAAGCCCCUAAAUCAACCAACCAGCGACAAGCGCAAUGGCGCAACCUCCGAAGACGCCGUUAUGGUGAUUGACUCGGACGAUGAAGCUCCAGGAUCCGCUUCUGCCUUCGACAAUAAGCCCGAGUUUCAAGACAACACGACCGCCGAAGACUCCGUACCCGAAAUCGUCCAGACCCUUGAUCUCGCACUAGGAACAGCCGUUCUGAAUCUCGCGGUACUACCCAUGCCGUCGUGUGCUGCGGAAGAUGCCGCGUGGAACGGCGCAAACAUUCUCAGAACCAAGAUGGUCUUCGCUGUCACCUGCGCAACUACCGACGUCUACGUGGUCACACUGCCCUUGACUCCUCCUUCACACGAGAGCAAAGCGAGACCAGAACUGCGGAAGAGCUUAUUGGCCGGUAAUGCAGGCACAGGUGUCUGGGGAGAAACACUUACCUUGCUCGCCGGUCAGAGCCAUCCUUGCGGCGGUCUUGCCCUCACGUUGGUGAAGCAACGGGCUGGGUCUCGGAGUCGGUCGCUGGAGCGCUCAGUUGCGCAGGCCUCUUCUGUUACACGAGCGAUUGUUGCCGCGCAUUCCCGGGAGGCAAGCGGCACGUUGCGCCUCUGGGAUGUGGCCUUAGACGCCAAACCCGGAACUAUCAACCGACUCGAGCCGUUCCAAACGGAAUACCUCCCUUCCCCGUUGAGCGCCAUGUCUUUCAACCCGACUCAUCUUACUCAACUCCUUACCGUUACCUCGGCGCAUGCCGUCCGCAUCUACGAUUAUGCUACCGCAGCGCUUCCUUCCGACGAUGCUUCUGAGGGCCCCUUUCCCGCACAGGGCUCCUGGCUGUUAUCGCUCUACCCUCCGUUUGUCAGGGGACCUUCAAUGUCAACUGCCCGGAAACCUAUCGUGGGUGCUGAGUGGAUUGCUCACGGCCGCGCCAUUUUGACCCUUCUUGCGGACGGUCAGUGGGGCAUUUGGGAUAUUGACGGUGCCAGCCCAUCCUCGAGCGGCUCUGGCGGCCUCUUUAGCAAGGCGAAUGCAGGUCUCCGCGGGUCAGCCAUCACGACCUUUUGUGUGUGUGGCCACCUUGAAGGAACCAGUCCACUACGGAACCCUGCGACGCAGAAGCUGCCGGCCCCGGGGUCAGCGGGCGAAUUUGUCCCCAUGACGCCCCACACGAGACGAGACGCGAUCGUAUCGGCCAUCACCAGCGGACCGGAGAGAUUGGCCGCCGUACGUGGUGGCAUUGUGGUCGCUCGGCUCACACCCCAAGCAACCGGACCCGGGGAAGAGAGCGCUGUGCUGUGGUUGGGCGGUGCGGAUCCCGUUGUCUCCGUCAUUCCAGUGAUUUCUCGGUUUUGGGAUUCCCAGCUCCGGCGUGCAGUCGGCGGCGGCGUCAACCUCUGGAGCGGCGCCCAGCCCACCCGCAUGCUUCGUCUCACCGACCUUGGGACUGGUCUCUUCGGCGAGCGGUGUAUCGGCGCAGCCGCCCUGCCCAAGCGCAACCGAACCGCGAGGACAAACGGCUCAUCGCCAGCAAAGGAGAACAGCCCGAAGCCCACCGAGGGCCUCCCAAUCGAGGUUCUCCUUCAGGGCGAAAGCCGCCUGGUCAUUGUUCACGAGAGCGAGGACGCCACGUCGCUCACGACCCGCCUCCUCGGCGUCCGCAAACAGCCCCGUGCCGAGCUCCGCGCAGCCAGGGCCAUCGUAACCUACCCUCGUCCGGAGAAGUCGACCAACCUCUCCUUCAACCUCGGCAUGAUGCAACGCCCAGGCCAGACGGGCGGCGGCUUGUUCCGGCCGCGGCCGACCGUGACAGCGGCAGGAUCGUUUGACCAACCCCUGGACGUUCUGCCGUCGACCGAGACCGUCGGAGAGACGCAGUCCGCUCCGUCCAGCCAGCAGGGUCUCAUGUUCAUUAACGAUCUCGCUGCUGCAGCAGACCAACCCGACGACGAGGUCGAGGUUGAGGGCCGCGAUAUUGAGCAGGAGCUGAUGGAUAUCAUGGAGAUCGACCGCGAGCUGGAGCAGCUGGAGCACGAGCGCGAGAGGGGGACCAAGAGGGUAUUCUUCGAGAAGGGCUAGAAGCUCGCCUCGAAAGGUGGCACCAAGCGGACUUGGACGCCGCAGGAGCUGAUUGCGCCGCGGGCUGAACUAGUGGAUACGGAACAUUCUCGGACUCACCUGGCAGGGCGUACCCCGCCUCCCGGGUCACGGUUGCUGAGAGAGGCGAUGGCCCGGAGGAGGUUGUCGCGUCAAGGACGUUGACUAGAGGUCGUCGAUCCCUGGAUGACCAAAACCCUAACGAGGCUGCAGGAUACCAGCGAGUGUCUACUGAUGUAUCUAGCACGAUCAC